AUGACGGAGAAAAGAGCUAGACGGCCUGACGAGGCGCAGAGCGAAAAACCUGCCCGAGAGCGACACCGUGUCAAACGCCGCAGAGUCGACGAUGCCGCAGACGAUCAGAAGGAAGCUAUACUGAACACGCCAGAGAAGAGGUCCAAGGAGAAGAGCAAAGAGAAGUCUCCAGGGAAAUCUACAGAGAAGCUGGUAGAGAUAUCUCCGGAGACGAGUACCCCGUCAAAAUCGCUUAAGAAGAAAAAGAGGGAGAAGAAUGCCGCCGCGGAAGCCGAUGCGACGGUUAUCAAAUCAAAUGAUGAGAAAGCAAUUGUGCAACAGAGGGAAUCGAAUGGCUGGCGAAUGUCUCCUACUACCGGAGGCCGUUUCCUAGACCUGGAUCCCGUCUUUUCCAGAGACGAGAACCAUUUGAUUCUAUGUCUUGAGUCUGCCGCCCAAGUCUACUCGAUGUCAACCUCGCAUGCCGUUCGUGCGCUCCAGUCCUGUGAUGGAACCCGUAUUUCUGGCUGUGCGCUAUCUCCAGUUGACGACGAGAUAGCAUAUGUCUCCACCUCGGGGGGUGCAGUCACCGAAUGGAACUGGACGUCCGGACAGACCGAGCGAACUAUGCAGAUUAAAGGAUCAUCUUUGCUAUCUGUUAGGGUUGAGCAAGGAGACUCUCAGACUGAUGAUGACGAUGAAGAAGAGAACACCAAGAAUAUUGUUGUUUUUGCACUAGCAAUGCGAAAUGGGAAGCGUGAAAUAUCGAUCAACCCGUUCAAGAAGUCGGGAAAUCAAGCUGAAAAGGAUGGCCCGGAAAGUCACACUGUUAUUCUGAAGACUUUUACACAGAUCAACGACUUCAGACUUGCUGCGGGAGGCUCGGUGAUUGUCGCUGUAGCGGGAAAUUCCCUCGUCGUUGGCCAGCGGACUAAGGAUGUAGAGGGUGAGCCAGAAUACACAUGGCGUGAGGUACAGCUACCCUUCAAUGCGACCAGCUUCGACAUACGUGAGCCUGAAAAGGAGACUAGCACGAAAAAGGGAAAAAAGAAGCCUGUUGUUAACCUUGCAGUGGGACAAAAUGAAGGAGCUAUCGUUGUGUACAGUGAUCUAUUGAAUACUCUCCAAGGGCUUGAGAAUCGUCGGAUGGCGGAGCCUGGUCUAUCAUCAAUGAAACUCCAUUGGCACCGUGGACCUGUCAAGACCGUUCGAUGGUCCAAAGAUGGAAACUACCUCAUAUCCGGCGGUCUCGAGACGGUCAUGGUCCUAUGGCAGCUUGAUACUGGACGGAAACAAUUUUUGCCCCAUCUGACUUCUGUGAUAUGCAAUAUAGUUGUCUCUCCCAAGGGCAGCAACUACGCAAUCAAACUCCAGGAUAACUCUGUCAUGGUCUUGACCACUGCUGAGCUGAAGCCAACUGCAAGCAUGAACGGGUUGCAGGUGCUCGAUGACUCCAGAGAACGGGGCCGUAAAGUGGCUGGCAGACUUCCAGCGCUCAUCCACCCCCAGCAUAAUAACCAUCUCCUUAUCGCUGCCUCGACGGCAAUGGGACGAGACUCACGCAACUCGUCUUACAUCCAAACGUUCGACAUGCGCUCCAACCAACAAGUCUACCGUCAAGCUUUGGCCCGUACCAACGUAUCUGUCCUCAACAUUGGCCCGCAGGGAACCCACAUAACUACGCCGGACAUCAAGUUUAUUCAGACAUCUCAUGACGGUUCCUGGCUUGCCUCCAUCGAUGAUUGGCGGCAGUACCCAGAUGAUGUUAAGACUCUUUAUUCCGGUAUCGAGCAUCAAAACCGUGAGUCGAAGCGAGAGGUGUGUCUUAAAUUCUGGCACUGGAACGAAUCCGCCGCAGAAUGGGAACUGGUGUCUCGCGUUAACUCACCGCAUACUUCAACCUCUGGCGACGCUCUGGCCAUUCUUGACCUUGCCGUGAAUCCUCAGGAUUAUAUGUUUGCCACUAUAGCUGCGGAUGGACUACUAAAGAUCUGGACACCGGAUAGCAAGAGCGCGAGGAAAAUGAACAGCCGUGGCGGAGGUGCCAACCAAGUAAAGUCCUGGCGAUGCUCGCAUGCUAUUCCACUGGAGGCACCCAACAAACACCCAGCGGCCUCCCUCAGCUUUUCCGAAGACGGUUCUGCUCUGGCCGUAUGCUGGUCCACUGCCUCUCGCGGCGGACUGGUUCACCUUGUCGACCCUGAAGCAGGCUGCAUUCAUCUUUCACGCCAAGGUCUAUACACAGAUCCUGCCCAGGGCUGUGGGUUCCUCGACCGACAUUUAAUCAUUGUCUCCGACUCUGUCUUUGUCUGGGAUACCGUAUCCGACCGAGUGCUCUCCCGCAUCCCUCUGGGAAACAUCAAGGGAAAAGGAAAACUCCAAUCGUCCCUAGCAGUCAAUCCACGCAGCCGGACAUUUGCAACCUAUGUCUCCCGCCCUCCAGAGUACCCCAAUUCAGCCUCGAAAAUAGGGAGGCCAGCAAGCCACCAACUCAGUAUAUUUAAUGUCGAAUCAGAAUCUCCGAUUUUCCAGUCUACAUUAGACAAUGCCCCCAUUGCCUUGUUACCCAACACAAAGACAGGCGAAUACAUACUCAUCGAUUCAUCCGCGUCCAUAUCUCGAGUGACAUCAGGCGCCGCAUCUAUCUUAUCGGAUUCCGCGUUUGAUGAAUCUAGCCUCCCUCUCAAGGGUGGGUUGGAGGACAUCUUUGGUUCAUACCGGAUGCUCUCCAAGGGUCCAGCCGAGAAGCCCUCAGAGGAGCUAGACACGGCUGGUGCAACUAAGAAGAAGAGCCUAGCCGAUGUUUUUGAUGUCGGCCCGUCUUUCGCUCUGCCGAGUGUCGAUGCUCUGUUUAAAAGUGUUGUUGAUGUUUUUGCAAAGGGAUAA